ACCAACCGUCUCUGAAUGUGAAAUACAAUUUACAUGCAAAAUUUCUCCGAAAAUUGCUUUUAUUUAUCUACUAACACUUUAAUUUUCAGCUUUUUCUCUUUAGUAGGUAUAUUUAAAUUCUUAUAUAGCAAAAUGCCCAAGAAGAAAGUAGGAAAUAAGUGGUAUGGUAAGAAGCGUACCACUGUCGUGGACCCUGUAUCUAGAGAUAUAAAUGAUACCUUUCAAGAUGCAUCCCAAACGGAACAUUUAGUAGAGUCUUCAAAUGUAGAACAGCCACAGCCUGGUCCUUCAACAGUUAGCAAAAUGCCCAAGAAGAAAGUAGGAAAUAAGUGGUACAGUAAGAAGCGUAAUACUGUCGUGGACCCUGUAUCUCAAGAUAUAAAUGACACCUAUCAAGAUGCACCUCAAACGGAACAUUUAGUAGAAUCUUCAAAUGUAGAACAGCCACAGCCUGGGCCUUCAACAAUUACAAGUACUCCAGAUCAAGAGCAAGAAUCAAACAUGUCGGUACGAGGGAAGAAACGCAAAUGUAAAAAAAAUAUGGAUGAAUGCAAGCCAAAGCAGCAUACAGCAGUUCCCACUACUUCAUUACACGGUCAUGAUUCCUCGCAGUUACUUACAACUUUUAUUACAUCAGAUCAACAAACUGUUGCCCAUAACAGUACAGCAAUUCCUGUACAAUUAACAACAAAGGGGAAAAUGGAGAAAGGCAAAACACCAUUGAAAAGAUCUAAAAAAACAAACCAACCUCUGCAGUCAACAUCUAUAAUCAUACCUCAACAUCUAUCACAAAACUCAACAAGUCAAUUAAACGACGGAGUUAUUCUUAACAAAAUAGCCAGCACUACAACUGCACUCCCCAAUAAUCCCAUUGGCAUACCAGGCCCAACAGGACUCUCAAAUACAAGGCAACAGGACGUCGACGGAAAUGCCUCUUUGCUAACAAAUAGUGCUCUUACACAGAUGGAAACUGAUAUAUUUGCACAACACAUUGAGCCAACGGAAACGUCAUCUUUACCAACUUUACAUCAACAAGAACAGAAUGAUGACAAUAUUACUAUGGCAAUACAAGACGAUGAACUCAAUGAAAUACUAGCUAACCUCGACAUAGACAAUAUGUUACAAGAUACCAACAAUAUAAUAGCCGAAAAUGUACAAGGAGAAAUAAGACAUCAUAUCUCAAAUGUUUCGACUAAUAUUCCAAAUGAACGCAGACAAUAUGGCAAUUUAUAUUUUUUGGAUACUGAACUGGCAAAUCAACUUCGGUCUGCUGGCCCACAAAAUCGAGCAGAAUUAAAUCGAGAAAUCGUCGACCUCAUCUCUAAUUACUUGUACAAUCACAAUCCAUUUGCUCAAGCAUAUCGAUUUCUUAAGGAUGUCUAUCAACAACAACAACAAAGCAAUCGUCAUCCAACAUUGGAAUUGUACAUCAAUAACAACCGUGCUCGGGAUAUUAAUUUCAGACAAUAUGGCGCGGUACAGGCCAAUGAAAUAGCAGCCGUAUUUAUUUCUGAAGAUGGGAGACCGCCCCUGGAUCGUUGCUUACAUGUUUAUUGUCGAGACAACGACCAGACUAUCCACAAAUUACCAUAUCUUAGCGUCAAUUGCGAUGCAAUGACCUAUCCUCUAUUACAUCCAAGAGGUGAAGCAGGAUGGCAGUCUAGAACACCACAUCAAAAUAGAAGAGGCUAUAUAUCGUUACUGGAAUAUUAUAGUUUCAGAAUAGCUGUUCGACCAAAUACCUUCAACCAAUUUGUAAUGGCAGGCAAGCUGACACAACAGUACAUCGUAGAUGCAUACGUAAAAAUCGAACAGAGUCGACUACAAUUUAUUACUGAAAAUCAACCACGUAUUAGGCAAGAAAUAUUUCAAGGAUUAAUCGACUAUUUAGACUCGAGACAAUUAGAUGUUCAUUAUCAACCAGGAAAUAUUUUCAUCCUACCGUCGACAUUCAUAGGAAGUCCACGUGCAUUUAGACAAAACUAUUUGGAUGCCAUGUCUAUAGUCACAAAACACGGGAAACCAGAUAUUUUCCUAACAUUUACUUGCAAUCCUGCAUGGCCUGAAAUCAGGAAUAACUUAGAUGCAAAUCAAUAUUCCUCAAAUAGACCUGAUUUUAUAUCCAGAGUGUUCAAAAGCAAAUUAAAGGAAUUAAUAGAAGAUAUUGAUAAACGACAUAUUAUGGGAGUUUGUGUUGCUUACGUUUACGUAAUAGAAUUUCAGAAAAGAGGACUCCCGCAUGCGCAUAUGUUGAUUUGGUUAGAAGAAUCAGACAAAAUAUUGGACCCUGCAGCAAUCGACCGUUUAAUUUCAGCAGAAUUUCCCGACCCUAUCGCGCAUGCCAACUUGUACGAAUUGGUCAAAGUACAUAUGCUUCAUGGACCUUGUACCAGUGCUCGAUGCUUAGAUGAAGAAGGACAUUGCAGCAAACAAUUCCCGAAAUCUUUGCGUGAAGAUACCUUAUACAAUCCCUCUGGAUAUCCGUUAUAUAAAAGACGGCCAAUAGAAACACCUAUACAUAUAGGUCGAAGAACAGUAGAUAAUGGUUGGGUUGUACCAUAUAACGCUUAUCUACUUGAAAAAUAUGAAGCUCACAUUAACGUGGAGGCUUGCUCUUCAAUGAAAAGCGUAAAAUAUUUAUUUAAAUAUAUAUACAAAGGAUUUGAUAGAGCUCAAAUUGUCGUACGAACCGUGGAAGAAGACGGCCAAUCAACAACUAUCCAGGAACCUAUGUACAACGAAAUUCAAAUGUUUCUGGACGUUCGCUAUGUUAGCGCGCCUGAGGCGAUGUGGAGGAUUUAUACAUUCGAAAUGCACGAUAUGUCUCAUGCUAUUAUCAAACUCUCUGUACAUCUUCCGAAUAUGCAACAAGUCUAUUUUAAUACAAAUAGUACCAUUCCUGACGUCGUAGAAAGGGCCGCAACACAACACACUACGUUAACAGGAUGGUUCGCCUUAAAUACCCAAGAUGAAGAAGCUAGACAAUACACAUACGUACAGAUACCUUAUAACUAUGUGUGGAAAAUAACACAAACAAGAAUCUGGGUAAAACGUCAACGUCAUUUCAAUCGUAUAAUUCCUAGAUUAUAUUUUGUACAUCCUAGAGAAGGCGAAAGAUUUUAUCUUCGCCAACUUCUUUUGCAUAAAACAGGAUGUAGAUCAUUCGAAGACAUUCGUACUGUACAUGGCCGUACGUACGAAACGUUCCGUGACGCUGCUAUUGCGAUGAAUCUUCUCACGGACGAUAGUAUUUGGUUCACCACGUUGCAAGAAGCUAUACACGUACAACUUCCACGAGCUCUUCGUCGUAUGUUUUCACAGAUGUUGCUGUUUUGCGAAAUCGAAAAUCCAUUAGCAUUGUGGGAACAAUUUAAAUAUCAUUUAUCUGAAGAUUAUAUACGACGCUUAAACGAUAACGACCUAGCCUACAACUAUGCCUUGGCUUACAUCAAUCGAUACCUAGCAUUACAAGGCAAAUCAAACAGAGACUUUCAACUGCCCUUACCCACUGAACCAGUAGAACACCUAAUCGAAGAUGAAUACGAUUAUGAUCAAGCAGAAGAACAAGAAAUUGCUAAUAGGAACAUUCCUCUGUUAAACCAAGAGCAACGACGUAUUUUUACCGAUAUACUUUUAGCCGUAAACGAAAAUGAAAGAGUUUCACAUCGUCUUUUCUUUAUUAACGGAAUUGGAGGUGCAGGAAAAACAUUUCUAUUGAAUACACUACUGGCUUACCUACUAGGAAAUAAUCACCGUUACAUUGCUAUGUGUUAUACAGGUAUCGCAGCCAGCUUACUGAAAAAUGGCCAAACGAUUCAUUCUGCUUUUAUGUUACCGGUUCCAUUUCUAGAAAAUUCAACGUCAAGGAUUCGCAAUCAGAGUGCGAUUGCUGAUAAUAUUAGAUAUUCAAAAAUUAUUGUCAUUGAUGAAAUAUCGAUGGUACAUAAAAGUAUAUUUAAUGAAAUAGAUAGGAAGAUAAGAGAAAUAAUGAACAAUGACAUUCCAUUUGGCGGCAAGAUUAUUGUAAUUCUAGGCGAUUUCAGGCAAUGCGCACCUAUCGUUCCAUUGGCCGGUAAGAAUGAAACUAUUUCUGCAUCAGUGAAAUGUUCCCAACUAUGGCAACACUUUGUUCAGUACGAUCUUCUUACGAACGUUAGAGCACUGCCACAGCAAAACGAAUUCAAAGAUUGGCUUAUGACCAUAGGAAAUAAUUCCGAAAUUUUACGUCACUUAGAAAAUGGCAGAGAUACUAUAGUCAAAGUUCCUAACCAUAUUAUUGUAGACAAUGUUACUGAAAGCAUUUACGGUAGCAAUUUAAUUGAACACGAUUUCACACUAUUACAAAAAGCGAUUUUGUCUCCGUUAAACAUUCAUGUGAAAGAUAUCAAUGCAGUUGUUUUAGAAAAACUGCCAGGCAGAUCACGACAAUAUCUAAGUGUUGAUAGUAUUAUCCGAGAAGACGAUACAACUGAAAAUGCUGCUGAUGAUUUAGAUUCCGCAUGGCCACAAGACUUUUUAAAUUCUUUGGAUGCUCCAGGACUUCCUCCCCACAUUCUUACACUAAAGAUUGGUGCAGUUAUCAUUUUAACGAAGAAUUUAGAUGUAAAGAGAGGUUUAUGUAAUGGCACACGCUUAUUGAUUCAUAAUUUGCACGAAAAUUUUAUAGAAGCAAAACGAGUAGAAGACCCUAAUAAUGAACCUUCGAUCGAAUUAAUUUCCAGGGUUGACAAUAUCGCUCUAAACUCUCUUGAUCUACCAGUAAACUUGAAAAGGAGACAAUUCCCUGUACGUUUGGCUUUUGCAAUGACAAUUAAUAAAAGCCAAGGUCAAACUUUGAGCAGUGUCGGCUUAUUUUUACCAGUUACAGUAUUUGAUCACGGACAACUGUAUGUUGCAUUAUCAAGGGCAAGAAGUUUUGACAACCUCAAGAUUCAAAUGACAAAUAUAGGUGACCGUCAAUAUGUAGCUGAAAUUUCAAAUGAUCACUCUUACACUGUUAACGUAGUAUAUAAUGAGCUAUUGCAAAGCAGCAUAAUCCAGUAA